AAACGCCAACAAUAAACUCGUACCAAUUUUAUUCAUUACCCGAGCGACUCUUCAUUCAAAUCAACUACUCUCAUCAUGUCGGCUACCAUGGAAAAGGAUCGCGUCUCGGCCGAGUCUGACGACCAGACCUACUCCAGCGAAGAGCAGCCCAAGAAGCAGCGCCGCACCAAGAAGAAGGGCACCAAGUCGUCCCGCCGCAACCAGCAGCAGCAGCAGCAGCAGUCGGGUCCCCUGGACCAACUCCCUGUCGGCGGAGACCUGGGCAACACGGUCGGCGGAGUGACCAACACUCUGGGCGGCGUCACAGGUGGUCUCACCCAGCAGCAAGGCGGCGGCGGCGGCGGCGACGGCGGCAAGGAUACUCUCCGUCUAAGACUCGAUCUCAACCUCGACAUUGAGAUUCAACUCAAGGCGAGAAUUCAUGGUGAUUUGGAACUAUCGCUACUCACCGGGUGAGACCCGAUGGGACUCGGGCUAAUCGCGCUGUCUUGUCUUUGCAGAGGCUAAUUCGCUUUUGUUGUUUUGAAUUGUAGAAACUAAACGGCGCUUUUUAUUUUUAUUGUUAUGGGUACCCAUGUAAUGUUAGCAACUGUGGAAAGUAUUGGGCGUUUUUUGGGAAACAUGGGAAAUUCUAUACGAGUCAAAUGCA